CUGUUCUCCAAAAAGUGAAGCAUGCUAUGACAUACUUACCGCAGGCGAGUUCGGUGAUGUACAUUAAGUGAUGGGCGAACCAUUUCCAUCAUCGAUACAUAAACACACUGUCAAACACGAUCAAAUCAUGUGUAAAAAACAGUGGUUUAGAAUUACGUUAAUUUAGCUUGCCGUUUUAAACGAUACAUUAACGUGUAAAAGAACAUGAAUGAGGCGUGUCGAUUAUUUUCAGUGUACAUUUAGCAAUAUUUCCAUCAAAUUGAGUUUCUUGAUGCAGUUGAAGGAAAGAUUGAACCUCUUGGUUGAAUCAACUUAUUGAUAAGUGUAAAUGGCACUAGUGAUAUGAAAAUUGAAUGUCAACCAUUGGAUGACAAAUCGGUGUGAAUCACAAACACAACAUGCUUCAUCAUUAUGUACACUCCAAGCCGGUGUAGCAAUCGUAUCUUCAUCAACCGGAAUUGAAAUGAGCCAGUUCUGUCCGAAGUGCGGAUUUCCGCAGACUGCACUUUCCCCGUUCGGGAUGGGAGUUCCAGCGCCGCCUCCAACGGCCCCACCCACGGCGCCGCCCAUGUAUCCGUACAUGGUCCCACCCAUGGCUGGAGGGUACUGGCCGUACCCAUGGCGGCGCAGGCCACGUCAGCAGCAGCAGCAGCAGCAGCAGCAGCGUCAGCAGCAGCAGCAGCAGCAGCAGCAACAGCAGCAGCUACAGCAGCAGCCGGAGGAGCGACCGCCUGGUGUUCAGCAGUGAAUUGGUAAUAGUAAUAAUAAGAUGAAAUGUACUUGGAAUGAAAUAAAGAUAAGAUGAAAUGUA